UCACAACAUGAUCUCGUGUGCUGAGCAGUGAAGCCGGCAGGGAGAGGCCAGCAGAGGCCCGGCUCCGGCUCCGGCUCCGGCUCCGGCUCCCGUGGCUCUGCGGCUCCAGCUUCCCUCCUGCUCUGGCUCCCCUGGGGCUGCUCUGGAAUUCUCUCGGUGCCCACUGUUGCCAUGCACUCAGCUGGGCCUCACGGUGCCGAGUCACCUAUGAACAGGCAGGAGGAGAAGGAUGCCGAGCUGGAUCGGAGGAUAGUUGCCCUCCGAAAGAAGAACCAAGCCUUACUACGAAGGUACCAGGAGAUCCAAGAGGACCGUCGGCAGGCGGAGCAGGGGGGCAUGGCCGUGACCACACCGGAAUUCCUCCGACCUGAUGGCCUCAUUGUCACUAUCAGCCAGGUUCCCGGCGAGAAGCGGGUGGUCAGCCGGAACUGGGCAAGAUCCCUCAGACCUGGAGCAGCCAGUGAAAUGCUUGAGGAUGAGGGGGUGGAGGACCACACUGGUACUUUCUGCUUGGGGGAGCGGGUGGAGCUGGCUGUGACCAUGGAAAACAAAGCUGAGGCCAAGCGGAUCGUAAGUGCGAAGCCCACCAGAGCAAGGAACCAGGGGGCAGGAAGGUCCCGUGGAAGGGGCUUGGGCCGGACUCCCUCUCUGCAGAUGGCCGUCAGCUCGGAUUCUGCACGGAAAGGUGCUCGAGAGCCCCAGAGUCCAGGCCUGGUCCCGGUGGAGGGACCCUUGGAGGUGGGCUGGGACUAUGCCCAGUGGAAACAGGAGCGGGAACAGAUUGACCUGGCUCGUGUGGCCAGGCACAGAGAUGCACAGGGCUACAGGACCCCAGCAAGCCUCGAGAAGAAGGCCUGGCCAGGGUGGGCAGCACCAGGGGAAAAGAGCUUUCAGAAUUGCCAGUGUCCUAAUUUUACACACGAGGAACCUGGGGCUGGAGAGACUCAGCCAGCUACCAACCAGGAAUGCCAAAGGGAGCACAGGGACCCAGCUCUCUUGACCCCAAGACCAGGCAUCUUUGGGAGUCAGAAAACCCACACCUGGACCAAGAGGAAGACUGACAGCUUCCCAAUCCUGGAAGAACUAGUGUUACUGCUUUGGAUCCUUUAUCACCCUACUCUUUCUCCACUUACUUUGCCUCACUUAGGCCCCAGGAGCCACCGGAGGUCACAGCCCCCACCACUGUGUCUUGAUGGCAAAGGUGGUACUACUCAGGGUGGGCCACCCAGCAGACCCUCAGCGGUCUCGGCCACACGAAGCAAAGCCCAGGGGACAGAGAGGCUGACUGGCAGGGCCCGCAGGUGGGAAACAAAGGAAGACAAGGAGGAGCUGGAGAACCAGGAGAGAAGCCAAAGUACAAGAAAGACUCGGAGCGAAGAGGGACAUUCCCAGAAGCAGAGCAGGAUGGAGCUGGGCGGAGCCAAAAGCGCCCCAGCAGCCAGCCCAGCCCCAGUACCCCCCGGGGAGCCAAAGAGGGAGUCAGGAGCCUCUGCAGCCAGUCUGGUCCCUGGCUCUCCACAACACUCUGACUUGGUUCCCCUUGACCUUUCUCUAGGAGGGGCCAGCAGCCCUGGGUCCAGGGAGAGUGUACGUGAGCUCUCUCCGAGGCCUGGGGCCCAGGAGAACCCUGUGUCCUCACUGGAUGGUUCCAAGCAGCUCCCGGGGUGGAAUGACCCCCAGGCUGAGCUGGAACUACAGACUUGUUCGGAGCCGCAAGGAGGAGCAGGGCCCCCAGAGCUCAGAGAAGACAGGUGUGGCAAGGCUGGGGCCCAACAGGGCUUGGCACCACGAAGCAGGCCCCCCAGGGGAAUGGGCCAAAGGGCAAGGGGCACAGGAGGAGCAAGAAGCAGGACAGGAGGGCCUGGUCCUGCGGGAAGAUGCUGAGCAAAGCUCCUGUGGGCCAAGGGACCAGGCUGUGGAGAGGAGGAGGGAAGAAUGCAGGCAGGACUCUAGAGUGUAAUGGGUGUUCGGAUCCUGGUGGCUUGUGGCAGUCUGGCUGAGCAGUUGGGCAAACUCUCCGGGGGCGGGGGGUGACAUUAUGAGGGCACCUCAUGUGCACAUCCCUGGGCACAUCCCUUCCAUAGGUGUGUUUUCACCUGCAGGUAAAGCUCCUGGUGUAUUCUCAUGCCACAUCUGGUCCCUGAAGCUGUCUAGCCCUGCCCUGGGUCUACUGCUACCCAGGCCACAAGCUUCGCUGCCAUGAGAAAGCAAGGCUUAGAAGCACUCAGAACCUGGCUCUCCUCUCUUGGCCUGUCACCCCUAAGGCAUAGCUUCUCUUUCCAGCUGUGGUUUUGCCUUCUCAGGUGCAGGCCACCUCCACAGCUGGACCAGCCCAGGCUUGGGGCCCUUCCCAUGCUUCUGCCUGGUACCUGGAUGUCUCACAGCCUGGCCAUACUCAAAGAAUGGCCAAACCAGGGGAAUCUCAGUCAUCCGCUGACAGCCUCCCACCUAUGUGGAAGAGGAGGCUAAGGCCUUUCCUUCUUUCUGCUCUUUCCUUCUUUCUGAAGAAAGGGAGGCCACAGCAGGUAGGACAGAGCUGGGGACAGAAGAGCAGAGCUCAGGUCUCCUCUGCAGAAGACAGGGUCCCUGGACAGGCCUCCUCACUGAAAUGGCGUGGGGUUGGGUGGGAAGAGGAAUGGCUCUUCUCCCCAUAGUGUGGGAGGAGAGCUCAUCAUUGGGGAUAGCCUCCCCCACACCCAGUUCAGGCAUCAGGUGUAGCAUCAAGACAGCAUCAAGGUAGGGGGGAAGGGGAGCCCCACAGCCCAGGGCCAUUUCCUGUGUCUCCUCCUUCCUCCUCUCCACCACCUCCCUUGCACCACCCCGUUCAAAAGCAGGGACUCAGACAAGGGACAGAGAAACUGACAACUUCGGGACUCUGCCUUCCUACUUGGUCUCUGUUCCCCCCACCCACCCCCAACCAGGCCCACGGCUGGUGAAUUAUUCAGACUCCACACAAGCUGUGGCUUCCUCUCAAUUCAACAAACAUUUCCUGAGCACCCACUAGCAGCAGCGCAGCUGGUGGGCGAUGGUGACUCUGCCAGCAAGAGGGAGGGAGAAACCCAGUCAUCCAGCAGACCCAGGCUACACGGCAGAAGCCACUCUCUGAUAGGAGCUGGGGAUGGUGGUAGGAGCCCGAAGAGAACAAGCUCACCUCUGCUUGAAAAGGCAGGUGCCCCUUCCUUUCUCACCACGUGUGCCCUUUGCCCCCAAGCUCCUGCCUGGGUCUCCCCGAGUGGCCCCCACUGCUCCCCUUCUCUUUGGCCCUGCAGUGGCUGUUCCUCUCUGCUGAGGGUCCCAGGCCUCACCAGUCUCUCUGGCUUCUCUGGGGAGUGUCUAGAUGAUCAUCCCCAGGGGUCCUCCACUCUCAAAGUGAGGGCUGAACUGUGGGGUCACAGCUGGGGCUUUCUCACUGGCUCCUGCUCCACCCCCUCUACUCAGGAAGCCUGAGGAGGGGUAUCUUUUCAGCCGAAUAGAUUGCUUCUCACAUAUUAAGGUGCAGAGUAAUGCGGAUUCUAAUUCAGUAGGUCUGUGGUAGACCCAGAAAUGUGCAUUUCUAAUAGGCUCCUGGUGAUAUCUAUGUUGCUAGUUCCUGGACCACAGGUUGAGUAGUAAGGGUUUGGACUAGAAUGUAUGGAGAGGUAGGGGCAGACUGACUCUAGACUCUAAGGACUCAUUGCUGGCAAGUCGGGGAUCCCCCCUUACCCCCCGGGGAUGGCUGCCCCUGCCCCCACCCAGUGGAAGCUUCCUGGCUUCAGAGUUGGGUGGGAAGCUGAGACACCUGGGAAGAUGCCUGAGAGGCCAGUGAGUGGGUAGUGAGCUUCCUGUAGUGGGGAGUGAGGAAGUUGGUUAGGAAUGGGAGGAGGUGAAGGAAGUGGAAGAUGUUGGUGUGGGACUGAUUAGAGGAAUUUUGAAAAGGCUUGGGAAUAUUCUUAGGCAUGUGGGAAGAAGACCCCUGUGAGGCAAGAAUAGGUAAGGAUGGAUGACUCUAAGCUCAAGUUUCCCCCUUGCCCUCCAGUCAUACACAUAUGCAUUUAGAGCAUGACCCUGGACUUGACCUAUGACUCCCAAAGGAUGGAGUUGGGAAAGAGCAGAUUUAGGCAAAGCCCUUGAAUUCAGAUGUCUCCAAAACUGAUCAUGAUCAAGAAUUUGAAUUCUAAGAUUCACAAACUUCUCCUAAACCCCCCAGUGCUACCAACUGUACAUAUGGGCCCUCAUUAGAGAGUAUAUGUUUGACUAUGGGAUGGGAAUAUAGAAUUCGGGCAUCACAGUUCAGUCCUCACAACAGGACCUAUGCAGGACAGAAAGUUGCCUUGUGAAGGGCUAUUGAGGAAUGGGGCGUCUCUCCUUGAAGGUAACAUCCAGAAGGAUGUCAGGAAAAAGGACAUCCUGGGAGUCACUAGGGGUUGGAGAGUACAGAGACUGGCCCAGGACAUCUUCACUGUAGGAAGACCCUAGUGCUAGGCAAGUAUCAUUGAGCUUUUCUCAAAAAAAGGAGCCCUUCCUCAGGAUAAGGGAACCAGCAGCUAUGGUGGUCAUCUCUCCCCCCGAGGCUGGAACCAGCUAUGGAGCAGGAGGGAAGCAUAGACAUCCCUCCACAAACCUCAGGGUCAUGGAAGCCUACAUGUAGCAAUUCCAGGCUCCUCUGUUUAAAGGCCUGGCUGAGAGACUUCCUCUUAGAUGCCUUUCUCCUUUCCAACCAACUGACAAGACUCUCCUCAAAAAUGGGAAGGUCUUCAUGAGACAGAGCAAUCAGGAACCCAGGCACAGAGCUGGAGGACUGGAGAAGGAAGAUGCCUGCAGAGCGGUAGGGAGGUGGCAGCUUUACUUCAGGCCUCCUAACAAGGAGGACAGAAGGGGCAGGGGACAGCCCUGUCCUGACAGAGGUGGGCAGCACACCAUAUUGCAAGGGAGGUAUGUUUUUUGAGGACUGGCAGUGCGGUAGAGUGGAACAAACGUGGGCCUUGGAAUUCAACAGACUGACUUUUAAUCUAGGUCUGUCAUCAGCCAGCUGGUCAAGUUUAACCUCCAAAGCCUCAGUUUUCUUUUCUGCGAAACGGGGCCACUAACAACCCUGAAGGGUUGGUUGUCAAGAGCAUUAAACCUAAGAGUAUGCAAAACACAGCUGGCCCAUGGAGUAGGUGCUCCAUGCAUAGCAGCCUGGCGCGCUCAGUAUGUGUCAAAUAAAUGAAGUAGCUAUUUGGUUUGA